CUCGCCUUCUCCGUCUUGUCUCUCAGGGCCCCCCUCCUUUUCGGCAAGUGUAGAUAUCUCUCUCCUUGUCGGUCCACUCGCUACCCUCACGUUCGUUCCCCCACCGUUACCUCGUCAUGGCAGCUCUUAGGGCCGUGGCAGCCGUUGUGGCGGCAGCCACCAUGGUUGGCCGUGUCCAUGCCACCGAGAAUCCCCUUCCUCCCUGCCUGGACCCCUUCCAGCCCUUUGUCUACUCGGGCUGCUUCCAGGACACGGGCAGCCCGCAGAUCCUGCCCUACCGCAGCCCGGCUCCUACCGAUGACAUGACCGUUGACAAGUGCGUGGCCGAGUGCAAGGGCAACGGCUACCGCUAUGCCGGUCUCGUGUACCACGGCGUGUGCUACUGCGGCCAGACGGUCAACGGCCCGCAGGUCGAAGAGUCUCAGUGCAACAUGCCGUGCAACGGCAACUCGUCGCAGAUCUGCGGCUCCGACAACAUCUUCUCUAUCUACCAGGACCCCACCUUCCAGCCUGUUGAAGAAGUCACCGUUGAGGACUAUGAUCCCCUUGGCUGUUGGACCGACGACUCGAGCUACGGCCGCGCCCUGGUAUACCGCCAGGACCAGCUGGACUCCUCUACUAUGACCACGACCAAGUGCUUGCAGGCUUGUCGGGAUGGCGCCUUCCCCUUCGCUGGUAUUGAGUUCGGCGGCGAAUGCUAUUGCGGCGUCGUCAUUGGCAACGGCACAUUCGCUGCCGACGCCAGCGAAUGCAACAUGCCUUGCAACGGAGCGCCGAAUGAGACAUGCGGUGGGCGUUCUCGCCUGAACCUGUUCGUUGCCGAUGAGCUCCAGAGUCUGCAGCCGUGCGGGUACGAGCCGCCCGUGUCGAGCACCUCUGUCCCCCCGACGACCUCCACCACGACGUCCAGCUCUUCCACUUCCUCUACUUCCACGCUCACUACCACCACCAGCGAGGUGCCCACCACCACAACCACGACGUCCAGCUCCUCCACUUCCUCUACUUCAUCUAUCCUCACUACCACCACCAGCGAGGUACCCACCACCACCCCGACCUCCACUAAGACCAAGACAUCGUCGACCACGACGACCAGCAGUUCGGUCUGCGUGACCACUACCGUUGUCCCGCCCAAGUGCGAGUGGAAGUGCGGAAAGUGGUGUUCCUCGCCCCUGCCCGACUGGGACGAUGCCAAGUCCUGCAAGACCGCGUGGUCGAGCUGUGCCCUGCAGGUCGCCUCGUGCUUCAAGCACGCCGGAUGGCCCGACGUUCUUGAAUGCUUCGACUUUGGCGAGUGGUGCGCCGACGUCGAGAAGUACUGCAACAGCAACUCCAAGGGCGGCUGCAAGAAGGGUGACUUCUGGGGCAAGAAGCCGCCCAAGGGUGGCCCGCACAACCCUCCCCAAAGUCAGACGACCGUAAUCACCACGACAUGCGCCCCGACCAAGACUACUGUGACUGCUGGUCCCACCACCACCACCACCACCAAGAAGCCUACUAGCACCACCACGAAGAAGCCUACUACCACGACCACCUCGUCCACGACCAAGUGCCCCAUUCCGACGCCGACAAACAUCUGCGUCCAGCCCAGCAACCCGCACUACGGCUACGGCCCGGGCAAGCCGGUCGGUGGCAUCGAGAUGCCCGUCGUGACAUGCAACGACCUCGCUGAGGACUGGCCCUACUACCCGUUCAAGCAGUACACCGACACGGAUAGCAAGAAGUGCAAGCGCUACCCGCGCAACCAGUGCUCCAACGCCUGCAUCGACGCUUGCAAGGAGCAGUACGAGGACUGCACUGACGUCUACGCCGAGGGCUGCAAAACCAAGGGCGGUCGCGGCAACAGCCGGCCCCGCGAUCAGAGCCCGGCCAAGAGCUUCUUUGCGUUUGCCCGCAGCGCCGAGAAGAGGACGUACCGCUGGCAGGACAACUACGACGGCGCCAAGAACAAGUGCAAGGCGCAGUACGAAGACUGCCUGAGGGUCAAUCGCGGCGUGACGGGCGCCGGCAAGUGCCCCAAGUUUGGCGGGUGGUAAGGUCAGUCUUAGCUACCUUAUCCCGCUAGGAUUUCUUGUUUGAUGAGCAGGAAAGGAGACUUAAUGAGUGCAUGUCGUCAAGGCACAUGAACAAGGAUGAGAAGGGGAAAGGAAGGCCAGAUGGGUGGAAAACGGACUCUAUUCUUACACUCCUUAUAUGUAAAUGUUAAUAUUUAGUGUUUAAACUGGUGGCCUUUGUUUGGAAAAAACGGCGUAAC